GAGGAGAGAGAGAGAGAGAGAGAGAGAGAGAGAGAGAGAGAGAGAGAGAGAGAGAGAGAGAGAGAGAGAGAGAUUAGGAGCCUCCGGAGCUCUCCCUAAGCUCGUGACUGCUGGCGUUUCACCCCGCCCUCCAGGCGACAGGUGGAGGCGGGCGAUGCAGGAGGGGGGGAGCAUGGGGCAACCCAGGGGGGGGAACGGUGGGCAGGGUGGUGGACGGGGGGGGGGAGGCGAGGGUGUCCAGGAGUGGCAUCCCAAUGCGGAGGAAGAGGAGGAUGAGGCGUCAGGAGAUGGACCGGCCAAGGGGAGGGGGAGGGGGAGGGGAGGGGGAGGGGGAGGGGGGGAGGGGGAGGGGGAGGGGGAGGGGGAGGGAGGGGGAGGGGAGGGGGAGGGGGAGGCGAGGGGGAGCGGCAGGGGAAGGGGGAGGGGGAGGGGAAGAGGUCGCGGCCGUGGUGGACCUGGUGGGGGGAGGGCAGGGGCGAUUGGUGCCGGCAGUGGCACUAAUAGUGAGGGGGAGCUGGAUGUCGGUGGUGGGGAUGCAGCGCGCUUUGGGGAUGCUGAGGGCGUGGGGGAGGGGGGUCAUGCGGAGUGUGUCGGCACGUGACAAGCGCACGCGCGAACAGGCUGCG